AUGUAUCAUCAUCAAUUGCUCCUAUCUUUUUCCACAAUACUGAUUGUUGUAAAGUGUGCUAGCAGUUUGCCACGGACAACAGCUAAUAUAACAGUUUGGCCAGUAUAUGCAUCCAGGAACAGUACCACGGUGGUCCUCAGUGACAGUGAGAUGGUACCAUCGACGAUUGAUUGUCACAAAGAUGGAAAGACGUACAAACAAUCAAACGUAGUCCAAUCAACAAAAUAUGAAUUGCAGGGUGAAAUCUGGUCCAGCGGACAUUUGCGCUUCAAAUGUAUGAAACUGGGCGCUUACACCAUUCUUGGCUGCCGUACCAAAAAUGACCGACCACUGAGUGUUGGUGAAACUUACAUCGACGAUUUCAUUGCUUAUCAGUGCUUUAAAAGAGGUUCCACAACAUAUUAUCGCGAAUCUGCUUGUGAUCUUGUUGGUCAACCGUCUUGUGAUUCGUUUCGAAAGAAUCCACCAGAUGCACCUGAAACAGUACGAACUGGCAUCAGUAUGAUAGAUACCAUCGAUCAGACGCACGGACUUCCAUCG